CCGGUGCAUUCACUGGCAACGCCUACACUACAGUAAUACACAAUAAUACAUAAUAUUAGUAUAUUACAUGUUAUAUUCUGUUCUCAGGUUGUGUAUAUUUGUAUAUAAAUAGGACCUACCGUUGAACUUGAAGUGAUUCGGGUGCAGGAGAUCAUUACUAGAAUAAGAACACCGUCAAUUCAUCAUGGGGUUCGAAACUUGUGGGCCAAACGAAGCGAUGGUAGUGUCGGGUUGUUUAUACGGUAAACCCAGAAUGGUGUGUGGUGGUCGCAUAUAUUUCUUUUCUUGUUUCCAGCAAAUUCAGAGGAUUUCACUGAAUACGAUGACUCUGAUCAUAUCUAGUCCCAUGGUUUACACUGCGAAAGGAGUUCCGAUAUCCGUGACAGGAGUGGCUCAGGUGAAGGUGCAGGGACAGAAUCAAGAAAUGUUGGCCUCAGCGUGCCAACAGUUUCUAGGGAAGUCCGAGAAGGAUAUUAUGCACAUUGCCCAUGAGACCCUUGAGGGACACCAGAGGGCGAUAAUGGGAAAUAUGACAGUAGAGGAGAUAUAUAUGGACAGGAAGAAAUUCUCCCAGCACGUCUUCGAGGUUGCCUCGUCAGAUCUGGUGAACAUGGGCAUAGCCGUUGUCAGCUACACUCUGAAGGACAUUCAAGAUGCUGAGGGUUACCUGAAAUCUCUCGGAAAGGCAAGAAUAUGCCAGGUGCAUCGAGAUGCACGUAUUGGCGAGGCAGAGGCACAGAGAGAUUCUGGAAUCAGACAAUCCCAAGCCGAGGAACAGCACAUGAAGGCCAGAUUCACGAACGACACUGAGAUAGCGCAGGCACAGCGCGACUUUGAGCUAAUGAAGGCCAACUUUGACAUUGAGGUCAAUUCGAAGAAAGCGCAGUCUGAGCUGGCUUAUGACUUGCAGGCUGCCAAGACGAAACAGAAGAUCAUGGAUGAGAAGAUGCAGAUAAAGGUGGUGGAGAGGAGCCAGCAGAUUGCUGUGCAGGAACAGGAGAUACUGCGGCGAGAGAAGGAGCUGGAGGGACAGGUCCAUCGCCCCGCUGAUGCAGAGAAGUACAGACUGGAGAAGAUUGCCGAGGCAACCAGAAACAAGGUUGUAAUGGAAGCUGAGGCUGAAGCUGAAGCGAUUAAACUGAAAGGAGAAGCUGAGGCUUUUGCAAUAGAAGCCAAGGCGAAGGCGGAGGCAGAACAGAUGGCGAAGAAAGCCGAUGCAUGGAAGGAGUACAAAGAAGCUGCCAUGGUGGACAUGGUGCUCGAUACACUACCAAAGGUCGUGGCAGAGGUGGCAGCACCGCUCGCGCAGACUAAGCUCAUUACGAUGGUCAGUGGCGGAGACGCGGAGAUCGGCGCGGCCAAGGUCACCGGAGAGGUCGUCAGCAUCGUCGGUCAACUCUCCACGGUCGUAGAGUCGAUGACCGGAAUGAAUCUUGCGCAGACUGUGAAAGUUGCCAAGAAAUGAGGCUUUCUUCCGUAAGGUGACGCCACUCUCCUGACUCGCUGUUUCACAAAAUCCAGAGUCACACAGUAGGAUCUUGCAUAACGAUGCGAUUGUAUCGCAAUAGUUUAUGUCACAGUGGCCUUCCUGUAAGACUGCCUUCAUGUGACAAUGAUAAUUUUGCAGGUGGUAUGAUACCAAGCUUGGUUUAACUGUAACGUGUGAUUCCUAGAUUUGUUCAGCGAUGUUUUAUUAUUAUGGUCAUUUAAUUGAUAUCGUUUUACAAGAUCCUACUUUAUGUGUGUAUCUUAUGUACACGCACGAAUGCACGUACGCACAGAGACGUACUAUACUCAUAUGUCUAGUCAAUAUCAGUUAAUAUUUAUUUAGUAGUUAUAUUUAAAAUACAUAUUUACAAUAUCGUUCGUAUAGUGUUCCUAGUAACUAGUUAUUUAUUUUCUUUGUUUAUAAUGGCAUGCUUUGACCUGUGCAUGAAUUCUUAUUUAUUACCUCAUUUUUUUCUUUGUCCUAUAUUAUAUUUAUGUGCUGAAAUUGAAAUUUAUGUUAUUUAAUCUUAUAAUGUUAUUAUUCACGAGGCAGUGUAGUAGAAUAGUUGAACUAUGUCCUGGCAAGAUAGUAAGACAUUAAGUCAGCUCAGAAGAUGUCAACUAGAUUGUCACGUGAAAGUUUUUUGCCCACUUUCUUGUAAUCCCCACCCUAUAGAGAGGACAGUAUUACUGUUUAGUGUAGUCAUAGGCCAUUUAUGGUGAGCAAUGAGUGUUCAGGAUAUCUAUAUAGAUGUAUUAUAGGCUACCCACAUAUAUAUUAUAUUUAUAUCACGUGUAUUAUAGAAUAUCUAUGGUGUAUAUGCGUAAUCUAUGUUAAAAUCAGUACCUAAAUAAUGUGCUUGCAGGUGGUGUUAAUUUAGCUUCCAUUGUUGGAACCAGCUAUGGGCCUGUUUGUUUGGGACGGAUCCGUCUAAUCUGGAUCACAUGACCCUGAUCUGCCCGGACAAAUGCUAAUGCAUUUUCAAUGGGUCAAAUGUCACUGUGAUCUAUCACAGGGUAGAUGAAACUGGAAACCAGCCGUCGUGAGUCAUAAGCCACCACGUUGGAUCCUUUUCGAUUCCACCUUGCCAAAAGGACAGCAAAUUUUGUGAUCUGGAUCAGUGAUUGGCCCAAACAAAUGUACAUGAUCACUGGGUCUGUGUGAUUAGAGUCAUAUGAUCUGCCCAAACAAACACGCUCUAUGUUAGUGGCAUUUGAGAUUCGUAAGAUGAGUAUCACGGAUUUAAGAUAAGCAUGGCUGUACCAGUAGUAGGGCAGAAAUGAAAAUUAAGAAGAAGUCAGAAAGCACCAGAGCUUGGUAGGAGUGUAGUCGGACUUUGUAGAUCCACGUCAAUAUGGAACUUCUAGUAGAGACCGCGGCUGCUUGGACACAAACGUUAGAGUUGGCACGGUUAAAUCCCCGCGAGUUUUUAGACAGUGAUGUCGCAUGUCUAGAUCUGUUCCAUAAAGUUCUAGGCAGUAGUUGGAGUGGUGGUCCAUGUAUGCUCAUAGAAGGCACACCUGUCGGCUGUUGUUUGCUCCCAGUCAACAUGAAAUUAGUAUACCUAUAACUGCACUCUGGUCGGUUUUGAUUGCUUACGAGUGGCAAACUAUAUAAGAGAGAGAGUUGUGAUAGUUAUUUCAGUAGGUUUCUUGCUUCAGUGAGGGAGCUUUCAGGGAGGCUUUGUCCACUAUCCCGAUACUCAUGUACAACACACCCUCUAGUUCCAGCUAGUCUGCCAUUAGUCUCUGUCAGCGAGACUUAUUUGCGCAGUAAUACUGUAAUAAUAGUCACUCUCCACUCUCCCGUGAAAUGUUGUUCCCUAACCAUAGAGAUGAGAUGUAAUGUAUGCUUGUCGUUUCCAGAGUAUAUACCACAUUAAAAACGCGAUUGUAGCUAUAAAGACGUGCCACUGUAGAUUCGUUUAGUGUCUUAAGUUGUGAAGUCUAGCCGUGUUCGUGGUUUCUGUGAGUGAUGAUUUAGAUUCUAGCAUAGAAUGUCUCAUUGUACGCGGCAUGUCUGAAGGAAUUACAUGUAUGCGAGUUGAGGUCGAGCAGAUGGUCUGUAGAAAUUGUCAAUGUAUACUUAUUAUUCUUCAAGCGUGUAGAAUCGGAUAGUUUCACCAUGUUUAAUUUUUAGUCGCUAACGUUUUAGUUAUAACGUGUAGUUGAGAUUUCGUCGCUGUGGAUUGAAUGUGUUGUCAUGUACUAUUGUAGUUGGAAUAAACUAUCGGCACCCGUGAUUAGAGA